AUGGAGCCCCUCACCAUUACUCUGAUGGCUUUUGACCGACUAAUAGCCAUCUCAUAUCCUCUGAGAUAUAACACUAUCUUAACUGAUAGAAAUAUAUUUCUGCUUAUAGUAACAGUAUGGACAGGUGGUUGCACAUGUACAGCGUCAACAAUGCUUAACUGUAUUUUGUGGAUAAAUUUUAGUCUCAUUGUUAUCUCAUACAUACGAAUAGUUUAUGCAGUGGUGAAAAUGUCAUCUUCUACGGAUAGACAAAAAACAUUUAGUACCUGCAUUUCUCAUAUUACUGUUGUGGGUUGCUUUUUUUUCUCAAAAAUGGCUUUUUAA